GUGUGUUUACAUUUCAGAUCGAGUGUACUCUUGUGCGUUGCUGUUUUCCGGUUGUGAUCUGCAACGGAUGCGUCGUCUGCGUCAGUGGGAAAGCAAAUAAGUUCGAUUGUGCUCCAUCGCUGGUGCUAUAAUUACUGUUUCGCCUGGAAUGUGAUACGAAUAAUUCUUCGCUUUGUGAUUCAACCCAUUUUGUGCCGGGAAGAACUUCUGUGUCUUCCGCUUCGUGUGCGUGUCUUCUGCUGAUUUUUAUUCGACGCGAGACGAAAGCACCUCGCUUCCGAAACGAGUUGGAACGGCGUGUGUUCAGGCGAAUCGAUGCAGCACACGUUCAACAGGCGAUCAUCUGCUUCCAAUUACUAGUGUGCUUUGCUGGCAGUGUUACUUGAUUCUUCGCAGUCUGGAAUAUAACGGUGAAUGGAUACGUGACCUGUGAAGAGCGCGUUUGUUAGUGAGUUCUGCAUCGUCAUCAACGACAAUGGCACGAAUGCUUUUCGAAGUGGAUUGCAAUGCGCAUCAUUUGAGCAACGCAAAGCCAUCAGUUGGAAGGUGGGAGAGCAACGGAUAACAAACGGAUAAAAAAAGGCGAAGAACAAUGACUCUAUAUCAUCGCGAUCUACUGAAUUAGAGAGAAGGCGUAUUUAAAAGCAAUAACCGCCAAACUCUAGAGGUUGACACAUUAUCGCUACAAAGACCCCAAUCACACCGUAAGCCGACCACUCAAGCACUCUUGCAAAACUUCCAACCAGGAGAAUUCUUUGUGACCAGUGCACCAGAGCCGACUCUUCUAUCCCACUGCAACCUGACAACCGAGCCAGGACAUUAACAGCUACGCACCACAAUCAUGACUUCCACCCCGAACGGCUGCUUCUCUCCCGACCCCGAUGCACAAACCAAGAAGUCCACACCAACGCCCGAAGAUGAAUGCCGGAUCGUUAUCACAGAAUCUGAAAUCGUUAUCGCCAUCGAGGCCGGAGACUCGCUUCCAGUGCCCUGGACACCAGGACCGGACACGCUGUCCGUCUCGGGCUUCGACGACGUGUCUCGCAAGAGCGACGACCCCAAGCACCGACAUCAUCGCCACCAUCGACGUCACCACCACGAGAGGAAAGGAACGGAAGACAAUCCUCUGGCUAGUCGAUGCGAGUCGAGGUUGGUGGUCGACGAUGAGUUUCCCUCGGACUGCGAGACGGUGGCCACGACCAAGUCCGAGAGCGUUUGGUCUCAGCGUAGAGGCGGUAGCGGUUCGGACCACAGGAAGAAGAAGCGGAGACGAAAAAGAAAGAAAAAGAAACGGAAGCGGAAGCCCAAUGGUGUUGUGGAAGAGGAUGAGGAAGACGAAGAUGAACGUAGGGACAAAAAGGCGGAGCUCAUUGUGGUGACUGUUAGUGCGGUGAUCUUGACCAUCGCUAUUUUGCUAAUCGGGAUCACACUGGCUCUCACGCCCAAGAUCGACGAAAUGGGUUUCGUAUUAGAUCCAAGGUACAACGAGUUACAUUUAGCCACAUCUGAUCUAAUGGCAUAA